AUGCAUCAUCUGUCUACGGAGAAUAUCAUUCUAAAACUACGCUGCCAAGGCCUUGAAGAGGCUCUUCUUCAAGAGAAAAAGAAGCGCCAGCGAGGCAAACCUUUUUUAUUUGAAUUACGGGCCCCUGAGGACGGCUAUGCGGUGUUUUAUUCUCCUCGCAAAAUUCAGCAAGCCCGUGAUCUUCAAGCAGAAAAAGAUGAAGCUAUACAGCUCGCUAAAGCUUCAAAAGAAGAGGAAAGGCUUCGUGAGCAGCGAGGGAAAGAGGAAAAAAAGCUUUUAGUCGAAGAACGCAAGCGAAUUCGCCCUUCCAAUCGAGAAAUGAGGCUCCGUGAGGCAGAAGAAAAGAAGCGGAAAAAGCAGGAUAAUCAGCUCGCUAAGCAAGCUGAUAUACAGAUUCAAAAUGACUUCAAUAUCGCUCAGAAAGCUAAGAAUAAGGCUCCGGCGACUCCAAAGCCAAAGGAAUCGGACAGUAGGGCUGCUGUAGAGCCUGAGGUCGUUGAUGAGGUCCCUCCAACGCUUAAUCGCAGAGUUGUCGAAAUUCUCAUAAUCAUUUCUUUCUUCUUCUUCCUCUCCCUAGCAGAAUGGGUGUCAGCCAAGAUCAUCAGAGCCGGUAUCAUCGGUCCGAUUAUCAUUGGAAUGGUGUAUGGAACGCCGCUUGCGGAUAUUUUGGACACGGAAUGGCAGCAUACCUUUCUGGCGGUCGGAUAUGUCGGUCUGAUCUUGAUUAUAUUUGAAGGUGGGCUGAGCGCUCGGCUUGAUCUUCUCAAGCAGAACUUUUCCCCAAGCAUGUUGGGCGCCGCGACGGGGGUGUGCUUCCCCAUCGGCCUGUCAUACCUCUUGCUGUACUUGGGCUACGGCUAUGGAGCCGUUGAAACAUUUAUCAUCGGAUCAAGUCUAUCCGCUACUUCGUUGGGGACUACUUUUGCCGUUAUCGCUUCUGCUUCGAAAUCCGUCGACUUAUCCCAGACCCGGGUGGGUUCAAUACUGGUCAGCGCCGCCGUCAUCGAUGAUGUGGUAGGGCUAGUCCUGUCAAGUAUCAUUGGCGACCUUGGAAAGCUGUCUGGGGGCGACAACGUUAACUUAGGUUGGCUCAUCGGCCGCCCCAUCGUCGCGUCCUUCGCCAUGGCAAUCGGGACUCCGGUGCUCACCAAAUGGGUAUUCGCUCCGCUCUUCCGUCGAUACAUCGAAUACCACUUUGCCCGCUUGGACCAUCUCUCGAACAUCGUCUUAAUGGUUCUCGUGCUGUCCGCCUUCAUCAGUAUCGCCGCUUAUGCCGGCACUUCGGUCCUCUUCGGCGCAUUCCUGGCCGGCGUGUUUUUGACGUACAUUCCGAGCAAGCACCCCGAGGGCCCGUUUGUCGUCUUGAGUCGCGAGGAGGGAGAACGAGAGGACGACAAGAGCCCCACGUUCGUCCACACCUUUGAGCGAUAUCUCCUUGAUGUGCAAAAGUAUUUGAUGGAGCCGUUGUUCUUUGCGAGUGUCGGAUUCGCCAUUCCGUUUGUGCAGCUCUGGACGGGGAAACGAAUCUGGAGAGGAAUUCUCUAUACUCUCUUGAUGGCUUUCGCGAAGUUUGUCGUGGGGAUAUGGGUUCCGCUUUGGGGCUCCAUGAAACGUAAAACCCCCGAAGAAAAUGAACAUUUGCAUCGAAUCAGGGAGACAAGCGCGGAUUCGGAUGCCAAACCCAGUGCGACCUGGCAGGCGGCCUUGCUCCUUGGAUCUGCCAUGGUUGCCCGUGGUGAGAUCGGUUUGCUGAUCAUCGAAAUCGGUUACAAUGAGUCGGGCUACGUCAGCAAGGAAGGCUUCAUCACAGGGGUGUGGGCAAUCCUACUCAAUACGAUCAUUGGACCGGUCGUGGUGGGGAUCCUGGUGAAGCUGUACGGGAAACAGAUCGGAGAGGGUGUAUGGGGUAUACAGCCGACGGAUAUUAACCGCAGCCAACGAACGGAGGCACAGUCGCACGCAUGA